AGAAAAAAAUCCAAAUUCCCAGUCCCUUUCGUCCCGACAAAAUGAGGUGUGCGUCGCGUGGUUCCUUCCCCAACCCAAACCCUAACCCCGAUGCUUCGCCGCCGCCGCCGCCGAUGACCCCGCGCGCGCCGUCGAUGCGUCACCACCCGCCGCACCUCCUCCUCGCCGAAGUCGUCGCCUCCUGGCACCCCUUCCAUAAGAAGCCCUGCCUGUCCGACCGCUCCACCGCUCCCGCAUCCGCUCACCUCGCCGACGCGGAGACCCCGACCCCUCCCCUCUCCGCCAGCGGCGGCGGGUCGUUCCGGUGGCUCGGCCCCCGCAAGCGCCGCCGCCGCGGAGGGGGCUCGCGGUCGGUGUCCGGCCGCAGCAGCGAUCGACGCAGAUCCGGCACCUGCUCCGACUUCCACGUCACGUGCGGCGCCGGCGGCGGCGGCGCGACUGACUCCAGCGGCGAGAUGUGGGCCUCGGAUGUCGGGGAGGUGCGGAUGAGGGACGUCCCGAUGGCGACGGAGUUCGGCCCUGCGCCCGUUGGAGGGGCUGGAUCCGGGUCUGGUGGGGCGGGCGCCGCGGCGGAGGUGGCCGCGGUGGAUUCCGGAUAUGGUAGCGAGCCGGGGUACCGGGGAGACGUGGAGCUUGGGUAUGGGGAUGAGAUUGAGGAGGAGGAAGAGGACGGAAGGCAGCAGCUGUUCUUCUGGGGCGAGGAAAUCGGAGAUUGUAUUGCAGAUAUGAAUAAGAUGGGCAUUGCUGGUGACAAUAAUUUUGGGGAGCAGAAGAGUCAUCACCGUUGUAGGCGCAAGAAGCAUGAUGUGAGGAUGCUGGACUCCUUGAGAUGAAAAUAUUGAAAUCUUGGUAAAAAAUCUACAUGAACCACCACAGUUCUCUGGAAUCAAUUUCCUUGAUUCUUUGUUGUAGCUUGUGCUGAUGGUGCAAUCAAACUAAUUACUGAUGUAUCGAUAUAUGUAUAGUUGAUUUGUUGUUUCAGGACA